AUGAAUGAUGAUAAAAAUGAUGGUUUCGUUCCUUGUAAAAAAUCUAAAUACACUCAAUGCAAUACUGGAGAUUCUAACAACAGAAAAAUCAAGGACAAUGUUUUGUCCUGCAAUAAUACAUUAGGUAAAGGGGAUACAGAAGCAGGAGCAUAUUUUUUAGGGCCAUGUAUGAAAGAUUAUCUUUGUGCUCCUGUUGCCGUUUGCAUAGGAAGAAAAAAAUGUACAGAUGAAUAUUACCUUAUGAAAAUGUUAGUUUUAGACGAUACAGAUACAUCUGAUACACGUUUUCAUGUAAGGAGACAAUUUUUUCAUAACGAAUAUAGAAUAUUGUCAAUGUUGAAAAAUAAUGAAGGUGUAGUGAGACUUCAUGAUUUUUUUAAGGAUUAUGUUUAUAAAGAAGUCAAUGGUAAAGAAGAAAAAUACAAAAGAGUUUUCAUGGCAUUAGAUUGUGUAUAUCCUCAAGGUUCACAUAAUUCCGACCUGAUUCCUUUACGUCAGUUAUUGGAAGAAAAAAAACUAUCUGAAAUAGAAUUAUUACUCAUAUUUUAUAAUUUACUUUUAGUCAUUGAGAGUUUACACAAAAUGAACAUAGUUCAUAGAGAAAUAAAAUUAUCAAAUGUUAUUGUUAAUAAAAAGACUCUUAAAGUUAAACUAAUGAAUUUUUAUCAUGCGAAAGUUUUAUCAGUUAAUGAAGUUUACAAUAAAGAUUCAUAUUGUCCGAGGAGCAGCGAUGUUCGGGCAGCAGGUGUUGUGUUUCAUGCAAUGUUACGUAGUGGCAAUAUUGAAUUUGGUUCAGUUUUAUCUUCAUCUACGAUUCACACAAUGAGGGAACAAAAUAAAAAUUGCCUUUUUAAAAAUAAUUUAAUUAAUGUUGAAACUAAAGAAACUCUUUAUGGCACACUUUGUUUUUUACCCAAACAUCAGUCAGAAGUUCAUCAGGCUUUGGAUAUGGUUUCCACUUUAUUUGCCAUUCAAUCUUCAAUUCAAAAUUUUAACUCUUCAAUCGAUAGUAAAAAUAUGGAUCAGGUUGUGCCUGAAUGUUUAGAUUUCGUUACUAAAAAAAUCACAAAAUCACAUCAGAACAAAAAAUCAAAAAUGGAUUAUUACGAAAAUUGUUCGGUUAAAGUUCCGGAAAUGAAAGAUUUUGAAAUGUCUAACGAAAAACGUAAGGGGGAAAUAAACGUGAGAGGGACGUCGAAAUCGAAAGAAGAAAAAGAAAUAAAAAGGGAUAAGAUAAAAUUUGCUAUGAUGCGUUUGGGUGCAACUUCUUUACAGAGCAUAAACGCUCUCUCGUUUAAUUAUUCUAAAAAAAAUUCUUGUUCCUGUGAAAAUUUUUUUUUUUAA